AUGCUUCAAUUCUUUCCGUUGAGAACGCCCUCACUUCCACCGAUUAGGAAUCAACCAUUCGCAUUCAAUUUAUCAAUCAUCAUCAUAUCGGUGACAACAUUUUGUCUGCUAUCGACAUUCUGUUGCUUCACGAUCGCGAUUAAUUGUUUUGCCUGGUUUUUCACAAACAUAAUUGGUGGUGGCAUAACAAAAAUAAAAAGGGAAUUCUUUGAUGUGUCAUGCGAUAAAGAAAGUGAUGGGGCUUCACGAAAUGUGAUGCGUAUAAUUGAUUACGAGGAUAGAAUGGCUGGUAAAAAUAAUGGCAAAAUGCGUGAAUUCGAUCAUUCGCGUCUUGAAAGAGGACACGUACUAACACCCGCUGAGUUUUUGUACAAGCGAUGUGAAAAAACCAAGAAUUCCAAGUUAAAUAAGCCAUACACACCCGAUAUUCCGUCUCCGUUGAAUCCAGAACGACCAAAAGAUCCCAAAGACGUCGAGUAUUACCCAUCGGAAAGGCACCUAAAUCGCUCCAAGCAAAGAACAAAAUUAUCUCUCACCGAAUUCUCAUCUGCUAAUCUUAUGUAUGGCAUAUCAAAGGAUCAAAUGAUCGAAUCGACUGCCGCAUACAGGGUAAGCAAAAAAAGUCACGGAUGGCAAGAUGCGAUCUCCUUUACUCCUUGCAAAAAAUUCUACGAUCCCUGUGACUACAGCGAAAACGUUCGGGAUUUGAAUGCGCGUCUUGAGCAAGAACGACCAGACCUGUUAAGGCUUGAGGAUCGACCGAGAACGCCUUCAUCGGGAUACCUUGGUAUUGGUCCUUCAAAAAUUUCUGGGUUCCUGCACAUUCGAUCUCCC